AUGCGCACCCAUACAGCCUUUCGACGUAUGAGCUGGAUAUUGUCUGUGUCCGUCAACCACCACGCUACAACUACGUUUUGCGCCAACAACGUCUCGCGCAUAAACCGCCACCGCGUCCUCGAGAAAAGGCUAUACAAACACAAUGGGGAAGCGCAAGAAGUCGUCACGUGGUCCCCAAGGGCCCAAGAGGACAAAAAGGCUGGUGUCGGUCAGCUUGACUGUCGCAUCUGCGGCCAGAAAUUCCAGUGCGCUGUCAACUCCGCGGUCGAUGUUUACGGCGAGUGGGUGGAUGCAGCAGAUGCCGUUGCAAAGGAAGACGAGCCGACAGAAGGAUACUCGGGCACAUCCAGACCCUCUGGCUCACGACGCACAUUAACGAGCCGAGAAGACGACGAUGACGACAGGCAAUAUCAGGGAGAUGGGAUCGUGGGCGACGAUGAGGCGGUUUGA